CUUUUCAUACAAAAUUGAAAAACUUACAAUCCAAAAAUUGAGCAAUGCACACUGAGUAGUGUCGGUAAACGAAAGCAAAAGUCCACCAAACACAAGCAGAUAGUUUUGAGUGCGCAAACGCGACGGUCACAAAAGCGCUUCAACGUGCAGAAAGUCGGUUUGGCAGCAGGCGCAGUUUAGUCGAAAUAAAUGAAAAGCGAGAGUGAAUGUGCAGACAAAAGUAAAUGUACAUAAAUGAGAAAGUAAAAGAUAAAAGGAAAAGUAAAUGUAGUGACAUGCAAAUGCUCACAUAUGCGUAAUGUGGUGAAGUGCUUUAAUUAUUAAAUCAAGUUUUUCCAAAAGUAGAACGAAAAACUUAGAUUACAAAUAUUCUAAAUUGGUUGGCGUUUGAAAUAAGUACAAGUGUAUAAAUAUAUUUUACAACAUAUUUACAUAUUACCACACGUAAUUGAGUAACAUAAAAACAACGAAAAGCCUCAAUUCAUAGAAAAAUGUGGUUGAUUUGCCGCAAAUACAGCAAUAACAACAAUAUUUUUGCCACUUUACUGCUUUAUAUAUUUCUGCUGCUCAGCUGUCAUGCGGAUUAUGCCGUCGCCCAGCGCAAGAAUGACACGAAUCAGGUGUAUGUGACCGACUCGUGUUUGGAGAAACCGUACCGUUGCCCACAUCCGAAAAUACAAUUCUACCUCUACACCCGACGCACACAACUGAAUCCCGAGUUCAUCGAUGUGCUCGAUGACAAUGCGCUCUACUACACACACUUCAACCCGCGACAUCCCACCAAAAUCAUUAUACAUGGCUUCGGUGGCGGACGCGACAAUAGUCCGAGUCCGGAUUUGCGUGAAGCUUACUUCGCAAUCGGCGAUUACAAUAUAAUCAUUGUAGAUUACGCAAAUGCCGUAAAGGAACCUUGCCUCAGUCAAAUGGAGUGGGCGCCACGCUUCGGUAGCCUUUGUAUCUCACAGUUGGUUAAGUAUUUAGCACGUCAUCCACGGGGCGUACAACCGGAUGACCUGCACCUGAUUGGUUAUAGUGUGGGUGCGCAUAUUGCCGGUCUGAUUGCGAACUAUCUCAAGCCGAACGAGGGUAAAUUGGGUCGUAUCACCGCUUUGGAUCCGACGAUAUUCUUCUAUGCGGGCACGAAUAAUUCACGCGAUUUGGACUCGAGUGAUGCUCACUUCGUGGAUGUGCUGCAUACUGGGGCGGGUAUUUUGGGUCAAUGGCAUUCGAGCGGUCAUGCGGACUUUUAUGUGAAUGGUGGCACGCGGCAGCCGGCUUGUGUGGGCUCAGCGACGUUGUUUCAAACCUUAGCUUGCGAUCAUACGAAGGUGACGCCCUACUUCAUUGAGUCGAUCACAACGACACGCGGUUUCUAUGCUGGUCCCUGUCCGAAUCUCUUUACCUAUCUGAUAGGUUGGUGUGAGCCGAAAGAUUCGGAGUAUGUGCUGAUGGGCGAACAUGUCUCUCACAAAUCCCGUGGAAAUUACUAUGUGACCACAAAUGCGAAGCCACCCUACGCACGAGGCUUUCCAGGUAAAGCGCGUUCAGCGAAUAAUGGCGAGUAUCAAGGCGUGCGCAGAUAAUGCUAAUUAACUAGAAUUUAUUAUAUUUUAUUAUGUACAUAUGUAUAUACAUAUUGAGCAUAUUUAGCAAGCAAAUAGUGAAUAUUAUUGUUUUGUAUAAAAAAUUAGUGCAUAUUUGUGAUUUUAGUUUUAAUUGGGUUUCGCUUUCCCUC